CCAAAUCGUGACCGAACGGACAGAGUUCGAAGAACCAUGACAACGGCGCGGGCGGGAGCGAAGGAAGUGCGUCACUCAAUGGGAGGGAAAAAUCUGCUGGCGGAGACCAAUGGGAGCUCCUCGUUCGCGUUCGCCCCGCCUUGAAGUUCCUUCAUAUAUGCAGUGCAGUACAAGAAGAAUGGGCAUCAUGACUGAUGUCCAUCGGCGAUUCCUCCAGUUGCUGAUGACUCACGGAGUGUUAGAGGAACAGGCCGUUAAACGCUUGCAGAAGCAUUGCUAUAAGGUCCAUGACCGCAACGCUGCUGUAGAGAAGUUGGAGGACUUCAUCAACAACAUAAACAGUGUCUUGGAAUCCUUGUAUAUUGAGGUAAAGAAAGGAGUCACAGAAGAUGAUGGGAGACCCGUUUAUGCUCUGGUGAAUCUUGCAACCACUUCAAUUUCCAAAAUGGCAUCGGAUUUUGCAGAGAAUGAACUGGACCUGUUUAGAAAGGCUUUGGAACUGAUUAUUGAUUCAGAAUCUGGCUUUGCAUCUUCCACAAACAUUUUGAACCUGGUUGAUCAACUUAAAGGCAAGAAGAUGAGAAAGAAGGAAGCCGAGCAAGUGCUACAGAAGUUUGUACAAAACAAAUGGCUGAUUGAGAAAGAAGGGGAGUUCACCCUGCACAGCCGGGCCAUCCUAGAGAUGGAGCAGUACAUUCGGGAGACGUACCCUGACUCCGUGAAGAUGUGCAACAUCUGCCACAGCCUCCUCAUCCAGGGUCAGAGCUGCGAAACCUGCGGGAUCAGGAUGCACUUACCUUGUGUGGCCAAGUAUUUCCAGUCCAAUUCUGAGCCACGCUGCCCCCACUGUAACGACUACUGGCCCCACGAGAUACCAGAAAUCUUCAACCCUGAGAAGGAGAGGGAGGCUGGUAUCUCCACAUCGAACAAAAAGUCCUUGCGUUCCAGGCAGCAUUAGCAGUGCACAGGGCCGAGGGGCUCCCUGCCUCCAGGAAGAAUGAGCAACACAGCCCUGCUUGGAAGAGAGGCAGUCGGGGCUUCACGUUUCAUACAAGUUACCUCUUAUUCUUUAUGUUCACUUAUUAGCAAGUUUGGAAUAAAACUAUAUGAAGCAGUUGCUGCAACCUCUGUCUGUGGUCUGAGCCUCUCUCUGUGUGAGAUUUUGUGUUGUGGCCUGUCUUAGUUAUCUAGUGCUGCUAUAACAGGAAUACCACA